AUGUCGAACAACCCCGCCGACGACUACCCGUCCACCGCCGCCUUUACCCCGACCUCGCGCUUCCUCGUCGCCCUCUCGUCCUUCCGCGCCAUGCACCUCCGCGACCCCUCGUCUCCCACCACCGCCGCCGACGAGCCCGCACCAGCACCAGCACCGGGUGCGAGCACGCCCUCGCUGCGGUACCACUCGACGCUCGAGCUGUACGCGCGCAAGCUCAGCGCGCUGUCGACCGUCGACGCGCUGCGGCGAGGGCCCGGCGAGGCACUGUUGCUCGCUGCUGCGUCGCAGCACGUCAGGAGGUGGGAGCGGCCGCGCAAGGACUAUGCAGAGGGGCUCAGCGGGUACAAGAUGUGGCGGACGGCGCUCAACAAGUUCCACGCCGACAUUGCGCACGACGUCAUGCGGCAGGCGGGCUACGUCGAGGACGAUGAGGGCGACGCCGAGCUGUUUGGGCGCGUGCGCGACUUGCUCCUCAAGAAGACGCUCCAGAGGGCGCCGUUGCCGGAGCGCGAGGACGAGCUCAAAGACCCCGAAGCGCACCUGUUCGAAGACGCCGUGUGCUGCACCUUUCUGCACCUCGAGUUUACCCAGUUCGCGUCGUCGUUUGCGGGCGACCGCGACAAGCUCGUGCGGCUCGUCGCCAAGACGUGGGCCAAGAUGGGCCCGCUCGGGAGGGGGGUUGCGGUGCAGGAGCUGGUGGGCAAGCUGGGCGACGAGGAGAGGCAGGUGGUGCUCGAUGCGGUAAAGGGCGCGGGCGCGGCGGCGGCGUGA